AUGCAAAACAUGGACUCCUCCUUUCGUGCGCAAAGGACCUUCCUUAUUGCCGCAGUCUUCGUCGGCUUCUGCUUUGGACAAACUACCAAUCCAUCACCCCCCAACAAGAGACUGGCGCCAUUCUUGGACUUUGACCCGAGACUCCUGACCGACAAUUCGACUUUUCGCAUUCAAGGAUGGGUCGAACAGCCACCAUACAGAGGUACAUUCGAUAUACUUUGGACAUCACUCGUUUCGAUCGGUAUAAGUACAUAUACCAUGUUGUGUCUAAAUUUUCCUCUUACAUACGCCGCCGGUCAAUGGAGCCGCGCAAAGCAAUCGGUGAAAGCCUUCAAGGAUUCUGGGUGCGACGAUUGGCAUCUUCGGCAUGCGUUUUUUGCCGAUAUGGGAGGUUUUGUCCUGCAUGUUCGAGGUGCGGACCCGUUUCCUCUGAACGCUCUACAGCUGAGCUGGCUCGUUCGUCGUGGGUAUGUGGAGUAUCCUAAGAUCACUCGACAAGAGGUCUGGGAUAAAUCUAAGCAAGAUACCUUCACAAAAGUGGUUACAGCCUUCCAGGUCGGUUAUCUUAUCGUCCAGUGCAUAGCACGUGCUAUUCAAGGCCUAGCCAUCACAACCCUCGAACUCAACGCGCUUUCCAUUGUGGUAUGUUCGCUGAUGACAUCGUAUGCUUGGCUUCAUAAGCCUGCAGAUGUGCAGACGCCUAUACAUAUUCACUCUUCAUACUCUCUUGAGGACAUGAUAGGGAAUCGAUCGUGGGACUUAACCCCGCUAGAUUUUGUUGACGAAAAUGGGCCAGGCUAUUCGGUAAACGUUCAGCCGUUCAUGAAGAUGCCAGUGAUUGCACCAGAGCGGCCGAUUCAAAGAAUCCCGAACGAUCGAUUCCCCACGAAUCCAUAUGGAGCGCAAGAGUAUCUGUUGUGUCUUGCGACUUUGAUUUUCACAGGGAUCCAUGUCGCGGGGUGGAACUUUGACUUCCCUACAAAUAUUGAGCGUUUGCUGUGGCGUAUCUCAUCGCUUCUAUUAUUCGGAAUCACUGUCGCCUUCUGGUUCUUCGAGAUCAUAGCAUCAUGGGUGCGUUUGGGUCGAUGGAAAGCCAUAUAUCUCUAUGUAUUCGAUCGAGAAGGACUUAGGAAGCACAACCGACGCAUGUUGCAAAGACAACAAACACUUGUGAAAAGAAGUAUGACGGAGCUUCCUUUGCUGUGGGAGUUCGCCACGAUCACGCCCCUAGCAAUUGUGUAUGGUGUAGCGAGAUUGUAUCUGAUUGUGGAGUCAUUUGCAGAGUUGAGGAACAUUCAUGGCAGUGCUUACGUUAAUGUUGAGUGGAUUAAUUUUGUCCCGCAUGUGUAA